AUUCACUGGCGGCGACUGAACAAUCAAGUGCUGCUAUUCAAAUAUUCAGAAAGAGAUGUUCGAGUGUUGUCAGACUCCACUUCGCAUCCUUCUCCUCAUCUUCAUCUUCAUGUGUAUGAUGUCUAUCAACCUGUGUCUCCCUGUCGGCCGCAGAGGACCUCUGUCCUUCUCCAGUUCACUGCGCCUCACGCGCACCAUUCGCACACAUGUCCAGCAAUUACUGUUUCUAUAUAAACAGGAGAUGUUUGGCAACGAGCUCUUUGAAUACAGAGAACAGAUGCUGAGUUCACUUCCUGCGGUCACUGUCAGUUAUCGGACCUGGCUCCACAUGCAGGACGAUGAGCGUUUGCGUGUGGCUUCUGAAUACCUGCAAAUCUUCUGGACUCAUCUGGAUGGGCAGCGACGGCAGCUGGAGAGAGACGGGCUAAGGAAACCUCAAAGAAGAGACAAACGAGGAAGACCUCAGCCAACACUUUGCAGGAGUUUUGAGGUCCUGCAAAUAGACCUGCGGGAUCUGAUGAGACAAGUUAACAACCAGCUGAACGUUAUCCGACACGUAUCUUCAUCCACAAAAUCUCCACUUCUGGAUUCCACCACUGCAUCUCCCAGCAUGCAUCAUUCUUCUGAAAGCACCACAAUAUCUCAGACCCCAACUCAAACUGGUAAUCCUGGAAUCUCCGCACACUCCUACACACAGUCACCUCAGACCUUGAGCCUGUCUGAAAGAGGUUUGACUUCAGUGAAGGAGGAAACCUCUGUCAGCCUCCUGCAACCCACCAGAGCACCGACACUCUCUCAUUCCACCCAGCAGACGACAACAGCAGGGAUGUCCCGCUGGGUUCUGCAUCUGAAUGGGUAUGUAAUACUGAGAGAUCUCGAACGGUACUUAAGCCGACUGGCAAGAGAUUACACCGUGCUUCAAACUAAAUACUGAAAAAAUACACAACAGAAAAAUUGUUGGGAAAAAAUAUGAACCAAGUAUUGAACAAGCACGAGGGUUGAAUCACAAGAGAAAACGUGUAAUUGAAUACACUAAUAUACAUUUCCAUAA